UCUCGCCAAUAUGGCGUCCCCCAUUUAGGAGGCGGCCGUGGUUUCCACCCAGAUGGUCGGGGGCAGUGCUGAGCUCCGGCCGUUGUUUGCGUAGCCCGAAGCUCUGAAAGCUGCAGUUAAAAGUGCGUUUCUGGUCACGGUUUCAGGAACUUCCCCUUCCCUGAGGGUCGGGAGUUGCCGCUUUCUUCUAGGUCCUGCAAGUUCCUCCUCUGCCCCUGGUUUUUUCCCCGCGCCACCUCCGGACAUCCCCAAGUCCCUGACAUUCCCAGACUCAAACUAUGAGCCUUCGGCAGCUGCUGUUGCGCUUGCCCCGUUAUCUCGGGGUGUCGGGUUCCCCGCGUCGCUUGUGGUGGUCCUCGUCCCUCGAUACCAUCUCCUCGGUGGGCUCCUGGCGUGGUCAGUCCUCCAGGUCCCCGGCCCACUGGAACCAAGUGGUGUCAGAGGCGGAGAAGAUCGUGGGCUAUCCCACGUCCUUCAUGAGCCUCCGCUGCCUGCUGAGCGACGAGCUCAGCAACAUCGCUAUGCAGGUGCGGAAGCUGGUGGGGACUCAGCACCCUCUGCUUACCACGGCCAGGGGGCUUGUACAUGAUAGCCGGCAUAACCUCCAGUUGAGGGGCUUGGUGGUGCUACUUAUUUCUAAAGCAGCUGGGCCCAGCAGCAUGAAUACUUCAUGUCAGAACUAUGACAUGGUCAGUGGGAUCUAUUCAUGUCAAAGAAGUUUGGCAGAGAUCACAGAACUUAUCCAUACUGCUCUCCUCGUACAUCGUGGGAUAGUAAAUUUAAAUGAAUUGCAGUCUUCUGAUGGACUGUUGAAAGACAUGCAAUUUGGAAAUAAAAUAGCUAUCCUGAGUGGAGACUUUCUUCUAGCAAAUGCCUGCAACGGACUAGCACUGCUACAGAACACCAAGGUUGUGGAACUUUUAGCAAGUGCUCUUAUGGACUUGGUACAAGGAGUAUACCAUGAAAAUUCUGCUUUAGCAAAGGAAAAUCAUAUCACAGAAGAUAUUGGAAUAUCGACUUGGAAGAAGCAGACUUUUCUCUCCCAUGGAGCCUUAUUAGCAAAGAGCUGCCAAGCUGCCAUGGAAUUAGCAAAGCAUGAUGCUGACGUUCAGGAUAUGGCAUUUCAGUAUGGGAAGCACAUGGCCAUGAGUCAUAAGAUAAAUUCUGAUCUCCAGCCUUUUAUUAAAGAAAAGACCAGUGACUCCAUGGCUUUUAAUCUAAACUCAGCUCCUGUAGUCUUACAUCAGGAGUUUCUUGGAAGAGAUUUGUGGAUUAAGCAGAUCGGAGAGGCUCAAGAGAAAGGAAGAUUAGACUAUGCUAAGUUGCGAGAAACAAUCAAAGCUGGCAAAGGUGUGACUUCAGCUAUUGACCUGUGUCGUUACCAUGGAAACAAGGCGCUGGAGGCCCUGGAGAGCUUUCCUCCCUCGGAGGCCAGAUCUGCUUUAGAAAACAUUGUGUUUGCUGUGACCAGAUUUUCGUGACACCAAAUUAAAAAGACACUAUUGUUCGUUAACUGGAAAAAAACAAAAACAAAAACUGGGGAAUGAGGUGAUCGGGAGGGCUUUCAUGAUGGACUAUCUCAAUGUGUUAAUGACUUUAAAAACAUAAUCCAUUCUUUCCUUCCUUUUAUCACGUUGCUAAAUGAAUCCUGCCUUCUUUUUGGAACUGCUGCAAACAAAAUUAGAAGAAAAAAAGGUCAAGCAGUUUUCACUUGUCACGCCAGCAGCACACUUGAGGCUGCAGUAGCAGAAAUAAUUAAUGAGAUUCACUCCUGUGACCUCAGCAAAUGGACAGGAAAUAAGUCCUUAUUGAUUGGACCGAGCCAGGGAUGGCGCCAGGGCGGUGGCCUGUGGUUUUCCUUCUAGAGAGGGCAGAGCAAGCUGGAAGCGGCAGGUGUCAAGAGAAACAUGACCGGUGCCAGCCAGCGAGGACUGUCAAAUCAAAAACUAGUGACCAGUUGUCGUAACGGAUGGUAGUUUUGAUGAUGAAGGGGGAAAAAAUGUGCUUUGUCUCCUUGCAAUUAUGUCUCUGUAUCUAUAGGUACAGUAUGAAUAUACUUCGUGCUUCAUCAUUUUUGUAAGAUCUUUUUUUUUUUUAGGAAAAACUGCCGAAAAAAUAAUGCUAAAUAUUUGAAGUAGGAGAUUAAAAUGUUAUCAGAUGUUAACUUGGUUGUGGUAGGAAUGGCUUGUUUUUCUUUCUAGAAGACCAAAUAUUUUUUCAAACACAUUUCAAAGAACCAAACUUUUUUUAAGCCAAACAGGAUGCUUUUUUUCAAGGAGAAUGUAUUCAUUUGUCAUAUUUUGGUGUAGAGAAUACCUUUAACUUUUACGAGUGUCACAUACAUAACUGUUCUGGGGACUAACCUGGUGAUUUUUUUUUUAAAUUCAGAAUGUCAAAUUUUGGUCUUGAACCACAGACAUCCGAUUACAGAAAGAAUACAAGCAGUCUCCCAGGCCUGCAAUCAGGCACUGUCUCUGUGUGGCUCAUACGAGAUGAUUUUUGUGGUUUGCAUGCAUGCAAUAUGAGAACACCGCUGACAAGAAGGCUGAGUUUACAUAAAUGAUCUAGAUUGAGACUCAGCUACCUUUCUUCCUUCUGUGGUGUAAUUACAGCCCUAUCUGGAGACAGUGAACACAGCAAACAGAUUUUAUUACCUCGUUCACUCAAACACUAAGUGAAGUUAUUUUAGUUAAAUUCCUUCCCCCAAAAGUUACGAAACCAUUUUAUCGGGACCCAGCAUGUGGCAUGUGAUGAAGAGCAAAUGUGAGCUGCAGAGGUUAAGGUAUUGUAUUCUGAAAUAUUUUUUAAUAUACUUAAAAUAUUAUAAUUGUACGGUUUAUGUUACUAUAAUUUGAAGGCCUGUAGAUUUAGCUUAAGAGAACAGUUUUCUGUUUGAAAUGGUUUCUUCUCAAAGAAAUUGGCUUAAUUAGUAACUCUGGUUAGAUGCUUUAGAUCGGACUAGGUUUUAAUCAUUAACUUCCACAAAGGAGGGGUUGUGCUUUUUGUUCUCUAGAUGUGCAGGAACUUACCCCGAGCUGUAGGUUUUCGGAAGCAGAUGGUCAGGUGCUACCAGGCAGGAUCCCCGGGCUCUUCAAAUUCUGCUUUAGCAGCUGGUUUGCUCUGUGACCUUGAGCAAGUCACUUCCCUCUGAGCCUCGAAUUCCUCGUCUGUUAAAUAAAUGAGAGAAUGUAUGAAGUCCCUUCCAGCUUUGUUUUAUUUUCUAAAAGACUGUCAUUUCUGACCCUGGAUAACAAAGAUGCUCUGUGAGGUUCAGGGAGGAGGAAAGGUGAGACCCGGAGAGAGGCUACGAAGGAGCGCAUAAACUUAAUGGCAGAUGUCCUCCUACACUGCCUCGUAGCUCAGGGCCUACAAGAUUCCAAGCUCUCUUUUGUAUGGCAUGUAAUCCUGGACUCUUCUGUUUCGGCCCCUGCCUUUCUGCUUUCUCCGGGACCUUUCCUCCCCUGGCUCAGGUGUCCUGCCCUCAGUGUUGAACGAGCUCUGCCUCUGUCUUCCCAGCCUCCCGGCAGGCUUUACUUAAACCUAACACUGUUGGCCAAUUCACUCCCCAGUUUUAAAUGGUGAGAGUCUUUCUUCACGUCCCUUCUUUAGGGGUAUUUGUUUGUUAACUCUUACGUCCUUAUAAUUUCAGAUAAUUUAGGGAGAAAUUUGGGGCACCACGACAUGCCUAAUCACACCUCUUGGCGUACCACCUGGGUGUGGACAGGGACCUCUCUGUUGACUAGGUAAGACUCUGGCCUCAGAAUGUCGCCUCCAUCCCCUCUCCGCCGCCCCCCCUCCCCAGUUCCUUGCUAGAAUUCCUUCGUUAGCCAUCGUGCUGCUCCCUUCCACCUGGUGCCCCCAACUUGCAGCUUGGCCCCUCCAAACCUCAUUCACUUCAGGCUCCCAAAACCAGCCACGCCCCCCUCCCUGUCAGUCUUGUCUUGGUCAGCUGUGUGAAGGCUGUGAUAGUGAGGGCCCUGAGUGCACACUGAGUGCAUGCUCUCUUGUUCCAGCCCCGCAGCCACGCUCUGGGGGUAAGCAUCCUUCCCUUUACCGAUGCGGAAGCAGGCCUACGGGACCUCCCUGACCGCCUGGCCUGCCCUCCUUCCUCACCUCCCCACCAGCGUCUUUCCAGGUAGCACCUUGUUCUCUCCUCCUCUGCUUCUCUUUCCUCCUUUUGAAGAGCUCAAAGAUCUCGAGCCCAUAGCCUCCCUAUCUCCAUCCUGCCCCCAUUCCUGAGUCUUCAGUGUCUCCUCUGCGGACUAUAUGUGUUCAAUCCUCCCGAUCCCCAAAAUGAACUUCCUCCCUUCACGCUGUAUAUUCUUCUACCUCCACUUUUUUUCUUCUCAGCUUCACCAGCACAUCUUCUUACAGUCUGCUGCCUCUUUAACCCUUGCAACCGGUCACUCACUACCAGUCCCCACCACCUAGACCAGCGCCGGUGCUUUAGACACUCCAAGAAUCCUUGUGGAACAGAUCUAUCCUGUCUCUCGCCGCACACCACUGAGAUGGCCUUCUGACAGAUGAUGGCCUUUCUGUGAAGUUGGCAAGCUCUGUCCCUGCAUGCAGACCUCCCCACAGCAUUCCAGGUCGCUAACAUAGCCGCCCCUCUCCCCUGGCAUCCAUGACCCACCUCUGUGCAGGUCCUUCCCCACUUCUCUGACCGUCCUCCUUCAUUCCUGACACAUCUCUUUAGUCGCACCCUUGGAGACAUUCUUUUCAAAACAUUUACAUUCUAUUUCCCCAGAAACUAAAAAGCAGUUUUCUGCCCCACUAAGUUUUCUCCUUUUAAAUUCCCCAACUUAGAACACCUGUUUCCUGGCAUAAAGAGACAGUGUCAAUGAGAUAUGGAUUAGAUAGUGAGCUGAUUGCCAUUCACAAUUCCUCUGAAAGAAGAUCCAGUUUAUGACUAUCAUUAGACUUUGUUUUAAGUUUUACUUGGUAACACUAAAUCCUCUUCAUGUUUUCUUGCUCACAUAAUGUGGUUAUGUAGGCACACCGAAAAAUAAAUUAUCAGUGUCAUUGUUUGCCUGGUCCAGGUCUCAUUCUCUAAUGUUUGAGACUCUGUCUUACCCAUGACAGUAUUAUUGCUAUGGCCCAGGACGUGGGUGACACCAAGUUGGGAUAAAAGACAUAUACAUUAGUACAAAUUGCUCCAAAAAGAGACCUUUUUUUAGGCCCAGUAUCUACAACACAUUGAACUCCAAUGACCGGGAGGUAGUUGGAAUAAUCCAUGAUGAUCAUUUCUCAAAGCCUGAGAAGGUGCUGUAACAUGGCCCUCUUUGGGCAAGCAUGUUUGGGGGAAUUAUGUGUAAUCAACAAAAUUACAGCUAAAGGAUACUUCUUUUUUUUUUUUUUUUAAGACUCUAGCUAAUCAGCAAGUUCAUCGCUGAUAAAGAGAACCUUGCUCUCAAGCUCCUUCCUAGAGUUCUUAAUUUCAGGAAGAUCCUUUCCUGCCACUUCAUUUAUCUUCCCACUUUGAAAUCCUAUUGUUAAGAUCACCUUUCCAACCAAUAGAAACUCCAGAAUUUAUCUUUAUAAUCUGUAAUGACUGCCUCUCAUGGUAGAGAAGACAUGCCACACCUUUGUUCAAGCACAAAAGGGCAGAAAUGAAUUGGACUGGUUCUUUAAUUCAUUUAACUGUGAGGACAUAAUUGUCAUGCCAUUAUUCUUAGUAGUCUCCAUUAUUAUUAAUCGUGUUUUAGUAAUAAUAAAGCUAUUGGCACUUUAUUUUAAAAGCAUAAAGCAAUCUAACAAAA